AUGGCAGCAUUGGGAGAGAAAUUGAUGAAGCGUUUGAUCCAGCUUGGAGCUACGAUGGCAGUUGGUGCUGGAGUGGUAUCAAAGGCAUUGUAUAACGUUGAUGGUGGACAACGAGCUGUAAUCUUCGAUCGUUUUACUGGGGUGAAACCGGAGGUUGCUGGCGAAGGAACGCAUAUGAUUAUUCCGGGAAUCCAAAAACCAAUCAUUUUUGAUAUUCGAUCAACUCCGAGAGUCGUCUCUACGAUUACAGGAAGUAAAGACCUGCAAAAUGUGCAAAUAACAUUGAGGAUUUUGCACCGACCCGAACCGAACAAGUUACCGAAUAUAUAUUUGAACAUUGGACGUGACUAUGCAGAAAGAGUGUUACCUUCGAUCACAAAUGAAGUUCUGAAAUCUGUCAUUGCUCAAUUUGACGCACACGAAAUGAUCACACAACGAGAAAGUGUCAGUCAUAGAGUUUCUCUUGAAUUAUCAGAGAGAGCCAAACAAUUCGGCAUUUUAUUAGAUGACAUUGCCAUUACGCAUUUGUCUUUUGGGCGGGAAUUUACUGAUGCUGUAGAGAUGAAACAGGUAGCUCAGCAAGAAGCUGAAAAAGCUCGUUAUCUUGUCGAAACAGCGGAACAAAUGAAAAUUGCAGCUGUAACGACUGCAGAAGGUGAUGCACAAGCAGCGAAGCUUCUAGCUCAGGCGUUCAAAGAAGCGGGUGAUGGUUUAAUUGAGUUACGGAGAAUUGAAGCUGCGGAAGAAAUAGCUGAAAGGAUGGCAAAGUCCCGAAAUGUUGUGGAAGAGUGUUUUGGAUUUGUGAAAGAUAAAAUGCCUUUGUCAUGCCGAUUUUAUGCAAAUCAGUUUCCUGAUGUAGAGGAUACGGUUAUGGUAAAUAUACGCCAAAUCGCUGAAAUGGGUGCUUAUGUAUCGCUUUUGGAAUAUAAUAAUAUAGAAGGGAUGAUAUUGCUAUCAGAACUUUCACGACGACGUAUCCGAUCAGUAAAUAAGUUAAUACGAGUUGGUCGAAAUGAGUGUGUUGUUGUUAUACGCGUUGAUAAAGAGAAAGGUUAUAUUGAUUUGUCGAAGAGACGAGUUUAUUCGAAAGAUUCGAUACAGUGUGAAGAACGGUUCGCCAAAGCCAAAGCUGUCAAUAGUAUCCUUCGACAUGUAGCCGACCAGUUAGGUUAUGAUUCUGAAGAGCAGUUGGAAGAGCUGUAUGAGAAAACAGCAUGGUAUUUCGAUAGAAAACUGAAGAAGAAGGGAGCUGCAUUUGAUAUUUUUAAGAAAGCUAUCACUGAUUCAUCUGCUUUGGAUGAAUGCGACAUAACACCGGAUAUUCGUGAAAAGCUACUGAUAGAUAUUAAAAAAAGACUAACUCCACAAGCCGUGAAGAUACGGGCUGACAUUGAAGUUUCGUGUUUCGCAUAUGAUGGGAUAGAUGCUGUAAAAGAAGCUCUGAUUGGAGGACAGAAAUGCUCAACACCGGAAAUGCCAAUUAAGAUCAAUCUUAUAGCAGCACCACUUUUUGUUGUUACAACACAAACAUUAGAAAGAAGUGAAGGUUUGGAAGCAAUAAAUAAAGCUCUUACUUUAAUCAAAAACACUAUCGAAUCUUAUCAGGGAAGCUUUAAGAUCGUCAUGGCUCCGAAAGUAGUGACAGAUUUGGAUGAAGAAGAAAUCAAGAAGCGAAUGGAAACAAUGGAAAAUCUUGUUGGAGAAUUGAGUGGUGAGGAGGAUGAGGAUGAUGAUGAUGGUUUGGUGGCACCGAAAGGAUUAGAUCAGCAAGCAGAUGCCGAGGAAGCAAAUCGGAGGAAUAAAAGCGAUAAUGAUUCUGACGAACUUGAUGAAUGA